CACCAAAAAACCCCUCCAUUUCCCGCCAAAACCACAAAAAUCAGAUUAAAAAGGAAAAAAAAAAGAAUUAAAAAUGAACAAAAACUUCAGAAUUCAGAUAGAACACAACUGACCAUCCGGAAGGCAGAAACCCUUACUGAGCCACCAUGAAAAUUAGAUCGGUGAAGCUGAGAGAAGCCCACAAGGCUGCCAAUGGCGGAACUUCUUCUUUCUGCUCCAUCUUGUGGGACCUCCAGGCCCUCCAUCUGGUCACCGCUUCUUCAUCCGAUUCUUCAAUCGCCAUCCACGAUCCUCUCCUUCCUUCCAGUCCGCCGCGAAUUCUUCGCCACCACCGCGACGGAGUCACCGCCUUGGCUCUCAGCUCCAACUCCACUUGUCUCGCUUCCGGAUCCAUUGACCAUUCCGUCAAACUCUACCGAUUUCCAGGUGGAGAGUUUCAAACUAAUGUUACUAGAUUUACACUGCCAAUUCGUGCGGUUGCUUUUAAUAAAUCCGGCAGCAUGCUGGCAGCUGCUGGUGAUGAUGAAGGGAUUAAACUUAUUAAUACAAUUGAUGGCUCGAUUGCCAGGGUUCUAAAGGGGCAUAAAGGGCCGGUCACUGGGGUAGCUUUUGAUCCUAAUGGUGAAUACUUGGCAUCGAUUGAUUCAAUUGGUACUGUUAUAUAUUGGGAACUCCAGUCUGGAAGAACUCUAUUUACCCUUAAAGGCAUAGCUCCUAAUACUGGUUCUGAUACUUCUAUCAUGAAUGUAAUGAGCUGGAGUCCUGAUGGGGAGACCUUAGCUGUCCCUGGUCUCAAAAAUGAUGUGGUAAUGUAUGAUAGAGACACAGCUGAGAAGGUGUUCUCCUUGAGGGGUGAUCAUGUGCAACCUAUUUGUUUUAUGUCUUGGUCACCUAAUGGGAAAUACAUGGCUACUUCUAGUUUGGAUAAGCAGGUUUUGAUCUGGGAUGUUGAUAGGAGGCAGGAUAUUGACCGGCAGAAAUUUGAUGACAGAAUAUGCUGCAUGGCAUGGAAGCCAAUUGACAAUGCAUUGGCUGUUAUUGAUGAUAUGGGAAAGUAUGGUGUGUGGGAAUCUAUUGUUCCUUCAUCAAUGAAGUCUCCUACAGAAGACAUUCCAAAUUUGCGAUCAAAGAACAGUAAUGGGCUCCUCCUGUUUGAUGAAGAUGAACAGGAGGCUAGCAUGUCUGGUAGUCUAAGUGAUCUUGGGGAGGAUAGCCAUGGUGAAUCUGAGCCCCCUUGCAGAAAAAGAUUGCGGAAACAGUCUGUAUUUGAUGAAUACCAGGAUGAAGAUCUCCAUGAUGACUUGAACUUGCUUCCAAAAGCUGAACCUGAGAAAAAAACAUAUAGGGUUCACAAGGAAAACUCACGUAAGGCAAAAGAUGGACAGAGAAGCAUGAUAUCAACUUCUAGGCCAAAAAUGCAAGAGGCUUUCCAGCCAGGUUCUACUCCUCUGCAACAUGGCAGAAGGUGCUUCUUGUGCUAUAAUAUGCUUGGAAGUAUAACCACAAUCAAACAAGAGGAUUAUUCACAUAUAGAGAUAGAUUUUCAUGAUACUAGCCGAGGUCCUCGAGUUCCACCAAUGACUGAUCAUUAUGGUUUCACAGUUGCUUCAUUAAAUGAGAAUGGGUGUGUCUUUGCUAAUUCUUGCAAGGGUGACAAAAACAUGAGCACUCUCAUGUAUCGGCCAUUCGGCAGCUGGGCAAUUAACAGUGAGUGGUACAUGCGAUUUGAAGGGGAAGAAGUAAAAGUGGUUGCACUUGGCACUCCUUGGGUAGCUGCAGUUACAAGUCUUAAUUUUGUUCGUAUUUUUACUGAAGGUGGUUUGCAGAAACACAUUCUCUCACUUGGUGGGCCUGUGGUGACUGCAGCAGGAUUCAAAGAUGAACUUGCCGUUGUUACUCAUGUUUCUGAUUGUCUUCCUUCCAAUGAGCAGAUGCUAGAGUUUCGAGUUUUUAAAAUAUCUAAUGGGACCCAGCCCUUCCGAGGUCGUCUUCCCCUGACUCCUGGUUCACAUCUAACAUGGUUUGGUUUUAGUGAAGAAGGGCAGUUAAGCUCUUAUGAUUCUAAGGGUGUACUGAGGGUUUUUACCUGCCAAUAUGGAGGCAGUUGGCUCCCACUCUUCAGUGCUAGCAAAGAGAAAAAGUCUGAUGAAAACUACUGGGUGGUUGGUUUGAAUUCAAGCAAGUUGUUUUGUAUUGUUUGUAAAAAUCCAGACACCUGCCCACAGGUGCUCCCCAAGCCUGUUCUUACUCUUCUCAACCUGUCAUUUCCUCUUGCAUCCUCUGAUUUGGGUGAAGCAGCCCUUGAGAACGAAUUUUUGAUGAACAACAUGCAUCUUUCACAGAUUCAGGAAAAAGUAGAAGCAAUGAUCAGCAAAGGUUUGGAUGCUACUUUGCUUGAUGAUGAGGCUUUUGAUAUAGAAGCUGCACAAGAUAGAUGCAUCCUCAGGCUCAUUGCAUCCUGUUGCAAUGGUGACAAACUAGUAACAGCUACUGAACUCGUGAAGCUUUUAUCAGUUGAAAAAUCAGUGAAGGGUGCAAUCCAGCUUGCCACUGCUUUGAAGCUUCCAAGUUUGGCAGAAAGGUUCAACAGCAUACUAGAGGAACGAUUGCAUAACAAAACUGACCAGGCACGUGACAUCUCUCUCCCAAGUUCAAAGUAUGAUCUUUCUGCUAAAGCUGAUGUUGCAUUCAGCAAAUACUUAACUGCGUCUGGGAGAAGUGAAGUAUUAGACACCACUAUUCGAACAUCGUCAGUAAGACUUUCAGCUCCUCUUUUUACAAAAAAAGCAAAACUCUCCGAAGAAGAUAAACUUGGUAAACAAAAAGCAGAUCAAAACCAAACUGCACACAUGGAAGACAACAAAGAGGCAAAGAAUUCAGAUUUGAAAAAUGCUGGCCAGGUGAAUAGUUUAAGAGAUGUGAAGAAGACACAUAAUCAAAACCUAUCUGAUCCAUUUUCAAAAGCAUCAAAUAAUCAUGAAGAAGGGAAGAAGGUUGCAGAAGUGCCUCAAGUACGAAGUCAGCGUCCAUCUGAUCCAUUUUUGAAGACAUCAAGUAAUCAGGAGGAAGUGAAGAAGGUUGGGGAAGUCACUGGAGCACAAUCCCAGCGUCCUGCUAAUCCAUUUUUGAAAUCCACAAUCAAGUGAAGUCCCUCUCAGCUUUCCAAGAAUGAGGCCUAAAACACCAGUAUGAGUAAGAUUAGCUGAAAGUGCACUUUGAUUUCCUCUCAAAACUGACCGUACAGGGUUUUAUGAAGUUCACAAUGCAGGGAAGAUACUGUCUAAUGUGCAGUGUACAUAACUUGUAUGGUGGAGAAAAAAUGGAGUGGCUUCUAAUUUAUGUAAAUUAGGUCUUGGAGAAACAUGGGGAUCAUUUGUUUCUUGGAGCACUAAACUAUCCACUCUAGACACGUUCCUUAAUUUACAUAACAAGCAAAUGACAUAUCAUAUCAAGCUAGCCAAUUGUCAGGAUUGCUGUAUCUGGUUUUGUUUUUCGAUGAGGUCUUUGCCUUUGUUAUGAGAAAUAUCAUGUUAUUUUUAAUUUAUUUUUUCAUAUUGAGAAAAGAAAACUUGAGUUUCUAU